UGUUUAGUGACAAUAUAUACAUUCUUUUUUACUACUUUUUAUAAGAGAUAUUUUCCAGCAAAUUUCACUCUUCUUUCCUUAUAACCCAUCUCCAUAAAACCUCCAUCAAAAGACAGUUCUGAUAGAUUCCAAGAAUGAUUCAUUUGCAGGAAGGAGAUAUGUUUACUAAAGUAGGAUCAGUAAUUGCUAGUUUUAUGUUUGUUUGGGCUAUGUUCAAACAAUACUUUCCUUAUGAACUCAGAGACCGUCUUGAAAAAUACACUCAAAGAGCCUUCACUUUUGUUUACCCUUACAUUCAAAUUACCUUCCAUGAAUUCACAGGUGAACGCCUAAUGCGUAGUGAAGCAUAUUCCUCCAUUGAAACUUACCUGAGCUCCAGUUCUUCGAUGCAGGCGAAACGUCUCAAAGCAGAAGUAGUAAAAAACAACCAGUCCCUUGUUCUUAGCAUGGAUGAUCAUGAAGAAGUAGCUGAUCAUUUCAAUGGGGUAAAGCUAUGGUGGGCGUCUGGAAAAAAUGUUUUGAAGACGCAAACAUUGUCUUUUUAUCAGAUUACAGACGAAAAAAGGUAUUAUAAGCUAAGAUUUCAUAAAAAGCAUAGGGAACUGAUUAUUGGACCUUACCUUAAUCAUGUGUUGAAAGAAGGUAAGGCGAUUAAGAUUAAGAAUCGACAGCGCAAACUUUAUACUAAUAAUGGGUCCUAUUGGAGUCAUGUAGUGUUUGAGCAUCCUGCAACUUUUAAAUCGUUAGCCAUAGAGGCGACAAAGAAGAAGGAAAUUAUAGAUGAUUUGAUUACUUUUAGUCAAUCAGAAGAGUUCUAUGCAAGAAUUGGUAGGGCAUGGAAAAGGGGUUAUCUUCUUUAUGGUCCGCCUGGAACUGGUAAGUCUACUUUGAUUGCAGCUAUGGCAAAUCUUUUGAAUUAUGAUGUUUAUGAUCUUGAAUUAACUUCUGUUAAAAAUAAUACUGAAUUAAGAAAGUUAUUGAUAGAGGUGCCUUAUAAGUCUAUUGUAGUUAUUGAGGAUAUUGAUUGUUCUCUUGAUCUUACUGGUCAAAGAAAGAAAAAGAAGGAGAAAGAAGAAAUGGGUAAUAAUAAUGGAAAUGAAGAAAAACCCAAAACAGUAAAAGAAGAAAGAGAUGACAGAAGUAGUCAAGUUACUCUUUCUGGUUUAUUGAAUUCUGUUGAUGGGUUAUGGUCAGCUUGUGGAGGAGAAAGGAUAAUUGUUUUUACAACAAAUUUUAUAGAGAAACUUGACCCAGCUCUUAUUAGGAAGGGAAGAAUGGAUAAGCACAUAGAACUGUCUUACUGUAGUUUUGAAGCUUUUAAGGUGUUGGCUAAUAAUUACCUUCAGAUUGAUACACACCAACUGUUUGAUAAAAUAAGUGACUUAUUGGAGGAAACUAAAAUGACACCUGCUGAUGUCGCCGAGCAUUUGAUGCCUAAGACUGUUCCUUCCAAUGCCGAUGUUUGCUUGGAGAGUCUUGUUGAAGGCCUUCAAAUGGCGAAAGAGGAAGCGAAGUUGAAAAAAGAGGAAGAAGCAAGAGAGAAGGCGGAGGAAGCAGCAACAGCAACAGCAACAGCAAAUGGAGAAGCUAAAUUGGAAGAAAAUAAGGAUUCAGUAUCAGGCAAAGAAUAGAGGAGGGAGAAAAUUAUUUUUUCUCCAAUCUUGUGGCUCCAUUUCAAUUGUUAUUAAUGUAACCUAGUUCUUUUUUCAGUUAAUGCUGUGUCAAAAUCUGAAUUAAAAAAGAGCAAAUGUUGUCUUGGUUAGCCUA